AUGAAGGAUGGCCAACAUUAUCAUAUUCCAGAGGAUGGGAUACAUCCGGGAGAUUGUCAAGGUUGCAACAGCAUGGCACAAACACACGUGGCACAAAUGGGCACGGACAGUGGUACAAGAAGGCUAUCGGUUACAGUUUCACAAGCAACCGAUUCCAUGGAAAGCUCAUCAAAUCCAAUUGUCACCAGAGGAUCAGACCCAUGUGGAUCAAGCGGUUGCAACUUUUCUCAACUCCAAGGUGAUCGAGAGAUCACCCACCCAAGACGACAGGUUCCUUUCAAACUUCUUUACGAUCAAAGAGCCCAACAAAAUUCGUCCCAUAUUGGAUUGCAAACGCAUCAACCAAUUCAUUCAAUGCAAUCACUUCAAGAUGGAAGGGGUUCCAGCCUUGAGGGAUUUAAUCGAGAAGGACGAUUGGAUGACGAAAUUGGAUCUGAAAGACGCUUACGUGGUGGUACCUAUUCACGAGGAAUCGAGGCGUUAUCUUUCCUUCAGGCAUCGAGACACAGUGUACCAAUACCGGUCUCUACCUUUUGGCUUGAGUGUGGCACCGAAAGGUUUUUUCGAAACUAA